GCGCCGUUUGCUGCAGAGCGCGGGCACUGCAGGAAUUCUGGAAGAGGUUGGACCGGUCAUGGCUGGGGGAUCUCCAGCCGGAGAGGCCGACUGCAGAUGUGGUUUCUACUGAGUCUCGGCCCGUCCACUCUGGGCACUUCGUCCCGGUGCUCCCCGAAGCACUACCGGGCCCUGAGGUCGUUGCGGUGUCAGAAAACAUGGCUGCCGAGCUUGGCAUAGCGGCUACAGAGACGGAGACGUCUGAAUUCCUGGAGACUUUUUCUGGCAACUGGCCUCCGGAUACUGAAGCUAUGGCGUGGGCUACACCUUACGGCGCAUCUGUCAACGGAAGCUUCUCUGCGGAUUCCCCAUUUGGCCUCUGGGGCUACGGUGAUGGCCGGGCUAUGUCCAUCGGCCACUUCCACGGAACUCACCACUCCUGGGAAUUGCAGCUGAAAGGUGCUGGGAGAACACCCUUCUCCCGGAACUUCGACGGCCGCGCCGUGCUGCGGUCCAGCGUGCGGGAGUUUCUCGCAAGCGAAGCGAUGCAUUCUCUCGGCGGGGGGUUUGGAAAAAGUGAUAGUGUUUCGGAUGACAAUUACAGAUUAUGCAUCCAAUCAUGGUACAUUCCGUAA